GAAGAGCAAACGAAAAUAGAAUAGAAAAACACCACCAGACAAGUUGGUGUAUGAGCGAGUUAUAAAUUCUCAAUGUGCUAAAUGUGCUCGAUUCUUUUUCCACAAAAACCUCGAAGAGUGAGGACACAUUUUGGUUUGAUCGCAUUAUCUGUCGCAUUUAACAGUGUUCAAGCAAAAAUAAAAUAAAUUUUUUUGAAUAAAACAAAACAUAUUUAAAUAAAAUAGUUCAACUAAAUAUAUAUUUUAACAAAGUACUCUUUUGCCAAAACUACUACAACUUACAAACCAAAUAAAAAUGCCGCAAACUUCUACUUUGGCCAAUGGACACUCGAAUGGAUGCAAUGGCAAGACCACAUCCUAUGACAUGGAAGACGGACAAAUGUUCCUGUUUACUUCUGAGUCUGUGGGCGAAGGACACCCAGAUAAAAUGUGCGAUCAAAUCAGUGAUGCCAUUUUGGAUGCACACUUGAAACAAGAUCCCAAUGCUAAAGUUGCUUGUGAAACUGUUGCAAAAACCGGCAUGAUAUUGCUCUGCGGCGAAAUUACUUCCAAAGCAGUUGUGGAUUAUCAAAAAGUCGUACGAGACACAGUAAAACACAUUGGCUACGAUGAUUCCUCGAAAGGUUUCGAUUGGAAAACUUUGAAUUUGCUCAUUGCUAUUGAACAGCAAUCGCCCGAUAUUGCCAACGGUGUACAUGUGAAUCGUGAGGAAGAAGAUGUGGGCGCUGGUGAUCAGGGUAUUAUGUUUGGAUAUGCCACCGAUGAAACAGAAGAAUGCAUGCCUUUAACUGUUGUUUUGGCUCACAAAUUGAAUGAAAAAAUCGCCGAGCUUCGCCGUUCAGGAGAAUUCUGGUGGGCACGUCCUGACUCCAAAACACAAGUAACUUGUGAAUAUCUUUUCAAUCAAGGAUCAGCUGUACCAAAACGUGUGCACACCAUUGUUGUUUCUAUGCAGCAUUCAGAAAAAAUCACGCUUAACGACUUGCGUUCAGAGGUUAUGAAUAAAGUCAUUAAAGAAGUCAUUCCCGCCAAAUAUUUUGACGCCAAUACAAUUGUGCAUAUUAAUCCAUGCGGACUAUUCGUUAUUGGUGGUCCAAUGGGUGAUGCUGGUCUGACUGGUCGUAAGAUAAUUGUCGACACCUAUGGUGGUUGGGGUGCACACGGUGGUGGCGCAUUCUCAGGCAAAGAUUUUACAAAGGUAGACAGAUCCGCCGCCUAUGCAGCACGUUGGGUUGCCAAAUCAUUAGUAAAGGCAGGCUUAUGCAAACGUUGUCUCGUACAGGUUUCAUAUGCCAUCGGCAUGGCUGAGCCAUUAUCAAUAACUGUGUUCGAUUUUGGUACUUCACACAAGACGCAAAAGGAAUUGCUUGACAUAAUUAAGCGCAAUUUCGAUUUGCGACCAGGCGUAAUUGUUAAAGACCUCAACCUAAGACAGCCAAUAUAUCAGCGCACAAGUACUUAUGGACAUUUUGGACGCGACGGCUUCUCAUGGGAACAGGCCAAGCAUUUGGAAAUCAAUUGACUAGACGCUGACGUACAGCAGCUGUUAAAGCCACCCUGUGCUAAAAAGUGUAAAACUGCGUAAUUUUUAGUUUAUAAUUUAAACAAUUUUUCAUUAGUUUAAGACAAGUAAAGCCACUAAAAUUCUACGUCUGUGGCUUUCUGUUUCUGUUUCUGUUUCUUUUUUAUUUUCAUUUUUUUUUUGUUCUACUAUAUACAUUAUAUAUUUUUUAACUCUACAUUAAUUUAGAUGUUAGCUGCCAAACAAAAAGAACAUUUACUUAAGUGAUAUGUAUGUGUAUUUACUACAUGCAUUAUGUCGAAAUGUAUAUAAUUUUUAAUGUUAAAUGUAUUAUUUGUUAAAAACUGUAUUUAUUAUAUUUGCCAUGCUGCUACAUGUACGAGCACUGCACUUUAUGUAUAAUGCAGUAUUGUACUUGCUCGAUAACUUAAAGAAAGUAUGCGCAAGUUGCGUACAUAAAUCGCUAGGUUUAUGAGACCCUAACAAACAAGUAAACAACAUGACAGACAUUUAACAAUUUUCCGUUUUUCCGUUUUGC